AUGAAAGUUUCACCGGCACUUUGUCCUGGAAUAUGUGCUCAAACCCAGCAAUGCACUCAUUAUACGUGGUCGAAUUGGGGUGGUGGCACUUGUUGGAUGAAAAUGGGUGAUGUUUCCAGGGAUGAUGCAUUCUUUACUGGUGAUCCAACCAUGGUCUGUGGUAUUGUAAAUGGUACCAAGCAAGGUAUCAUGAAUUUCUCCAUCAUAUGGAAUGAAUCGAAUUGGGCCAUGUCUUGUGAUUUUCAUGGUAAUGAUUUGAUUCAUUAUGUCCCAAUUUCAUCAGAUCGUUGCCCUGAAAUAUGUGCUCAAACCCAGGAAUGCACUCAUUAUUCAUGGACAAAUUUAAAUGGUGGUACUUGUUGGAUGAAAAAGGGUAAGAUUUCCAGAGAUGAUGCAUUCUUUACUAAUGAUCCACUUAUGUUCUGUGGUAUAAUAACGCGUGUAAAACGUCGACAUCUAAAACGAUUUUGA